AUGGCAUACGCCAUUUUAGACUCAUAUUCUCAGUCGCUCCAAACCGAACAAGCUCCUACAAUUUCUUCGUCUCCGUCGCAGUAUUCGCCCUCCGUGUAUGAGCAACUUACCGAGAAGCUCCCGAGCCCUCGAGAAAUUCUCAGCCCCUCAGCCCCAUCUUUCCUUCUUACUCCUCUCCCAACCGUCGCGACGCUGACAGCACUCCUAUCAUCUGUCGAGCAACCAUCCUACGAUCCUGCGGGGCAAGUUGUCUGGUGCCGUGACGUUCUCUCGCUCGCGGAACGACUUGGAAGUCCACUCACAACUCACUCCAAUGGGCCUCUGCAGAUCAACGAUCCCACACUGCGGCGUCUCCUGGAUGUUGCUCUCCCCAUGCUUCUUAGGCUGUCCACGCGGCGAAAGCCAAUGCAAAGCUUCGUUCCAGGAUAUGUCGCCGAAGCACUUUAUCUAUGCGCAAUGUGCGAGGCCAGAGGCUCGUUCCCACACCACAUAGCUUUGAACCCGAAGUUGGCAUUCACGCAUUUCGAGGCAGCCGCGAAAGCGGGAUUCCAUUCGGCCUAUUACAAUCUAGGAACAGACUUCGAGCAGUUCGGGGACGUCAAGCACGCAUUGCAGUGCUUCGAACGUGGCGCCGAAAAUGGUGCUCCGAAUUGCCUAUACCAUCUAGGCUUAGCACAUUUGACAGGCCAGCUUGGUCUCCCCGAGGCGCCAGAUACUGCGCUUCCACUCCUCAAACAAGCUGCUGUCCUGGCAACCGUUGACGUCCCGGAGCCUGCUUAUCUCUAUGCGCUGUUGCUCCUGCAGGAGUUUGAGUCAGUCUUCGUCGGACCCGCAUUGCUUGAUCCUCUUAUCCCGCGUGGAUCCACUCCCGAGCGCGAGGCGCGCACGCACUUGAAACGUGCCGCGUACCUGAACCACGCGCCUGCGCAGGCGCGCCUCGGACGCGCGUAUGAGCUUGCAGACGCGGGCUGCGCUUUCGACCCGGUGCUCAGCGUGCAGUAUUACGCGCUCGCGAGCGCACAGGGCGAGCUCGAGGCCGACAUGGCGCUUAGCAAGUGGUUCCUCUGCGGAAGCGAGGAUGCGUUCGCGAAAGACGAAGUACUUGCGUACGAGUAUGCGGAGCGCGCGGCGCGGAGAGGGCUCGCAAGCGCACAGUUUGCGAUGGGAUACUAUACGGAGGUAGGUAUUGGCUGCGCAAAGGACGUUGCUACUGCAAGGAAGUGGUACACACCGGCCGCCCAGCAGGGCAACACUGAUGCCUCCGAUCGUCUGAAGGCGCUUUCUCGUUCACAGUCACUUUCGCGCAAGGAACACGAGAAGCUCACGGACACCCAGCUCGUCCGUAAACGCACGCAAGCCCGCAUGCGCUCGCAGGCGGCUGCAGCACCUCCUAUGCCACCGCUUCCUCCCUCGCCAUCCGUCGCUUCCUUCGCCAAUACGUCUGGUGUCCCUCCUCCAAUGAACGCGCAGGCGUCGGUCGCACCUCUCAACUUCCGGAAGGCUGCAGCACCGCAAGGACCUCCGCGUGCACCAGCAAUGGGAAGCGGGCCUCCUCCGAGCGCAAAUGCGCAAUACCGUGGCCCUCCAUCCAGAGAUGCUUCUCCCGCUCGUGCAGCGCCGUACCAGUAUCAAAGCACGCCGUCCAACGCACCCUCAUCUGGCCCCCAAAUGAGAAUCAACACUCCACCUGGCGGGCUGGGACAUGGCCCUCAUCCCAAUGCAGGCCCAGGUGCUGAUCAUAAUGGACGCCCCCCAAAUUCCUACCCUGGGUCCGGUCCCAAUCCAUAUGGAGGUCCCGGUCCCAAUCCAUAUGCAGGUCCUGGGCCGAAUCCUAGCGCACGUCCCAACCCUAAUGCACGUCUCGGCCAGAACUCAGACGCCCGCCCUGGCCCGAACUCCAAUGCGUACUCUGGCCCAAACUCUGGUGCACGUCCUAGUCCAGGGUCGAAUGGCCACGCCGCACAGAGGCGCGAGCCCCAAGGGCCGAGUGAUCGAGCUAUGACGCCGCCGCAGAUGCCGAUGACGGCAAUGCCUACGUACAAGGGUCCGCGCACUUUCCAGGAGAUGGGGGUGUCCGUUCAGAAACAAGAAGAUGGAGAGAAAUGUGUUGUGAUGUAA